UUAUGGUGUCUCAGCCAAGGAGGCCCUCCACCAACACCCUUCAUUCCUUCUCUCUCUCUCUCUCUCUCUCUGUUUUCUUUCUAACAGAGGUUUAAUGGACUGAUUGUACCCUUCGCUGAAUCGACCUCCCUGAGCUGAGAGCCACUCAAGAGGGGCCUUCGGUACGAGUCACCAACCUCCUCGUGUUUCCUUCUCGCUCGUCGCUAUGCUCGCGGGUCGCGGAGACCAUGUGGGUCAUUUCGAGCUCGGUCGUGGCUGUUCGAUCCCCUGUUUCUGAAGCCUCGAGAUCGAUAUGAUCGGAGCGGGCGACAAAGGUGUUUAGUUUAGCAGCCCGAGAGUUCCCGUUUCAGCUUGGGAAUUAAGAAAGAACAAAAGGGGAGGAAAAAUCAGAGUACUUUAAAGUUAAAACUGAUGCUAAAGAUCGUUUUUUUUUUUAAUUACCGAGGGAUUUUCUAGUUUCAAUAAUGCCUGCAGAGAUUAGCGAAUAAAGAAAUCGCGGGGAGGAGAGGGAGACGAAGGGGGGGUUUUGAGAUCAUCAGCUCAGCUCACGUGAAAGUCUCUCUGUCGCCGUGUCUGUGCGUCCUCCGUCCCCGUAAUAAUCCGUGAGCUCGUGCCAUCAAUUAAAGAAAAAGUUUGGGACAAACGAUGCCACACACUCAACCCUCUCUCUCUCUCUCUGUCUCUCUCUCUAUCAGUCUUCAUUUGAACAGAAUGUGGGAGGAGAGAGAGUAGCUCACGGUACCGUUCCCACCAUUGGAGCUCCAUCUCUCGCACCUUAAAUGCCCCCUCUGCAACCGCUACUUCUAGGGGGUUUUAUAUUUCUUUUUCUCUCUCCCCGUUUCCCCGUUCUGGGACUGCGAGUGAGCGGUGGGCGAAGAGCAGCGGAAGCAGAACAGCAGCUGUAGCAGCAGCAGCAGCAGCAGCAGCAGCUGGUGGCGCUGCUACAGUGGGAGUAGAUGCACUUUCUUUAUUGCCCUCCUCCCCCCAUCACCUCCUGCCCCUUUUCGCGCCUUGUCGUUUAGCAGUCCAGUCCAAGGAGAGAAGGGGAAAGCACGAACUUGGCUUCUCUGAAAAUGACCCAAAUUGGCGGGUCGCCUCUCUCCCCCCCUCGUCAUGAUGGAGGCUCCCUUCACAUUUCGAGAAGCAUUUGGUCUUCUCCUCCUCUUUCUACACAGUGAUGAAUCUGAAAAGCCCAAUUUUUCCUCACUCUCUCUCUUGUUAAAGAUCGAUCCACACUGAUUCGACUGUAGAUUCUUGACAAAGACUCGAAAAAUGGGGUCUUUCGUUUCGGGGUACUGCUCUCUCCUCCUCUUUCUCUCGUUCCUCCCUCUAUCCGUCCUCGUUUCCACCGCCAGAUCAGGCGACGCCGACGCUCUGCUCGCUCUCAAGUCCGCCGUCGACCCUCACAACUCGCUGCCCUGGCAAGUAGGCAGCGCGAACUCCGUCUGCGCUUGGCCGGGGGUUAAGGACUGCAUGAACGGCCGCGUCACCAAGCUCGUCCUCGAGUCCUUGAACUUGACCGGCACGCUGGACGGUAAGACCCUGAACCAGCUCGACCAGCUCCGUGUCCUCAGCCUCAAGGACAACUCCAUCUCCGGCGAUAUCCCCGACCUCUCCGGCCUCGUCAACCUCAAGUCCCUCUACCUGAACAGCAACGCCCUCUCCGGCGGCUUCCCCUCCUCUCUCACGGGCCUCCACCGCCUCAAGAUCGUCGUCCUCGCCGAGAACCGCAUCUCCGGCGAGAUACCCAAGUCCGUCCUCGGCCUGAGGAGGCUAUACGUUUUCUACUUGCAGGACAAUGGGUUCACCGGCGGGAUCCCCCCGCUGAACCAGACCAGCCUCCGGUUCUUCAACGUCUCGAACAACCGGCUCUCCGGCGAGAUCCCGGCGACCCCCGCGCUGUCGAGGUUCAAUGCCUCGUCAUUCUCCGGCAAUGUCGAUCUCUGCGGGUUGCCGCUCAGCAACCCUUGCAACGGCACUGUGUCGGAAGGCCCGUCGAUGAGCCCUGCGCUCCCGGAGAACCCGACCGGGAGGAAAUCGCAUUCCAAUCGCUCGAGGCUCAUCAAGAUCGUUGCAGGAACGGUCGGCGGAUUCGCAUUGCUGCUGAUCUGCCUGCUCCUGCUGUGCUUGAUCUGCAGGAGUAGCGGACGGAGGAAGGCUGCAGGCGAAGCGAAAGCCAAGGGCGGGGCCGAGACAGGGGAGGAGGCAGGGGAAGGGCCUGCCGGUGGCAGCAACAACGGCGGUGCUGGGAAACCGCCGCCCCCGGCAGGGGGUGGGUUCACGUGGGAGGGGGAAGGGCUGGGGAGCCUGGUGUUCCUCGGGGCCGGGGACCAGCAGAUGGGCUAUAGCCUGGAGGACCUGCUGAAGGCCUCGGCGGAGACGCUGGGGCGGGGCACGCUAGGGAGCACGUACAAGGCGGUGAUGGAGUCGGGCUACAUCGUGACCGUGAAGCGGCUCAAGGACGCGAGGUACCCUAGGAUCGAGGAGUUCCGGCGGCUGAUCGACGGCGUUGGGCGGCUGCGCCACCCGAACGUUGUGCCGCUCCGGGCCUACUUCCAGGCCAAGGAGGAGCGGCUGCUGGUCUACGACUACUUCCCCAACGGCAGCCUCUUCACUCUCAUCCACGGAUCAAGGACUUUGGGUGGCGGUAAGCCUCUUCACUGGACCUCGUGCCUGAAAAUAGCCGAGGACUUGGCGACCGGGCUGCUCUACAUCCACCAAAGCUACGGACUGACGCAUGGGAACUUGAAGUCCUCCAAUGUGCUGCUCGGCCCUGAUUUCGAGUCCUGCAUCACAGAUUACGGCCUCAUGUCAUUCCGGGACCCUGACUCGCUUGAAGAACCGAGUGCCACUUCCCUCUUCUACAGGGCCCCCGAGUGCCGGGACCCUCGGAGGCCCGUCACCCAGCCGGCGGAUGUAUACAGCUUCGGUGUCCUCCUCUUGGAGCUCCUCACAGGGAAAACCCCGUUUCAGGAUCUCGUCCAGGAGCAUGGAUCGGAUAUACCGAGGUGGGUCCGUUCGGUCCGUGAGGAGGAAACGGAGUCCGGGGACGAACCUGCAUCUAGCAAUGAGGCCUCUGAAGAAAAACUUCAGGCUCUUUUGAACAUAGCGAUGGCCUGCGUGUCCACCGUCCCGGAGAGCCGGCCUGCCAUGAGAGAGGUCCUGAAGAUGAUUAGAGAUGCGAGAGCCGAGGCUCAAGUUUCGUCCAACAGCAGCGAUCACUCACCGGGGCGAUGGUCGGACACGGUGCAGAGCUUGCCCAGGGAAGAACAUCUGAGCAUAUGAGGGCUUAGGCUCCAAUGUUCUUUUUUUCCACCCAUUAAUUUGAUUUGAUUUUUUAUUUUCGCAGUAUGGGGCGGCGUAAGUCCAUUGAUGUAAAGAUCUAAGUCCUCACCAUUGUUUCCGGUGUUUUUUUUCUUUUUUCCAAUCAAUCCGCAAUACGUUUAGGUCCGGAGAACUUGAUUGCAUUGAAAAAUUUAGAACGAAAGUUCGAGUUAAUGGCUCUAAUGAAAGUUAAAAUUUUCGAAA